UCCAAAAUGACUGAACUUUUUUCUUGUGAAAUUGAUCUAACUGAUUUACAGAACGAUCAAAUGAAAGAAUAUCCUUUUGAGAAAGACUCAAAAGUACUUAUUAUUAAACAGAAUAAUCAUAUUUAUGCGGUUUCAAAUAAGUGCACACAUUAUGGUGCACCCUUAGUCAAUGGGGUACUUAAUAAUGGAAAAAUAAGAUGCCCAUGGCAUGGUGCAUGUUUUAAUACCAAAACUGGGGAUAUUGAAGAUUUCCCUGGAUUGGAUGGAUUAACAUGCUUUAAUGUUGAACAAAUAAAUACCGAUAAAUAUAAAAUAUCAAAACUAUUGAAAGAAAAUAUUAAAUUUUCUAUAGAUAUCAAAAACAAUAAAACACUUAUAAUAGGAAGUGGUCCAUGUGGUUUAGAAUGUGCAGAAACUUUGAGAAGAGAAAAUUAUGAUGGUAACAUAACUCUAAUAUCUAAAGAUGAUUAUUUACCAUAUGACAGGCCAAAAUUAAGUAAAUCCACUGAUACAAGCAUUGAUAGUAUACAAUUAAGGAAACAAGAAUUCUUCAGAGAAAAUAGAAUAGAAGUUUUAUUAGGCAAGCCUAUAAAAGUGAUUGAUUUUGCCAAAAAACUUAUUGGGUUUGAUGAUAAUACUAAAUUAGAAUACGACAAUUUGAUGAUCGCGACGGGUUCUAUCCCCAUAACCUCGAAAGCCCCAGGCGCCGAUCUGAAAAACAUAUUUAUAUUGAGACGUUACCAAGAUGCCAGAAACAUUUUCGAUCAAAUCACUCUCAACAAACGGGUCGUUAUAGUCGGCAGUUCGUUUAUAGGCAUGGAAGUUGCAUCCGCCCUUACGGGAAAAGUGAAAUCUAUUACGGUGAUAACGAAAACCGAUGCUCCUUUCGCCACGUCUUUCGGUCCCGAAAUAGGAAACUUCAUCAAAAACAUGCACAUCCAAAACGGUAUUUACUUUGAAACCAACGUAGAAAUCGACGAGUUCGGUGGUGGUAAUAAUCCGGAAAAAACGAUUACCCACGUAUCUCUAUCCAACGGAAAAAUUUUACCUUGCGAUAUCUGCGUGCUGGGUCUCGGAGUCAAACCCGAUAAUAAUUUAUUCCGAUCGCCUCAAGACGCGAAUAACUCUCUGAACCUAAAUCUGAACCAGGACGGUUUUAUAGAGGUAGACGAGUAUAUGACCACAAACAUUCCCAACGUAUUCGCCGGGGGUGAUGUGGUCACCUUUCCCUUAUUUUUGUUAGAUAGGUCGGAGAAAAAUCGGAAUGUUAGUAUACAGCAUUGGCAGAUGGCUACGAAGCAUGGUCAAAUAGCGGCCUUGAACAUCCUCAAAAAGCGGGUAGUCAUCAAGAGCGUUCCCUAUUUUUGGACUGUCCAAUUUGGCAAAAGUUUUAGAUACGCUGGAUACUCACGAGGCUACGACAAAAUCAUCAUACAUCAGGAUGAUCACAAGUCAAAAUUAGUGGCAUUUUAUAUGAAAGAUAAGAUUGUUAGAGCAGUUCUAACAUUCAUGAAAGACCCGGUUGCUUCCUUGUUUGCCGAAAUUUUUUUGAGUGGCUCAAAAGUCGUCGAGCACGAUGUCAAUCUCUUAAAACCCCUAUUUGCUCAAGAUGAAAUCUACGUACAGGGUAUCAAAAAAUUUAUGGGACCAGAAAAAAUCAGUUAUCUAUAGAAAGCUUCAUGAUUAGAAAUACCCGUUAAAACCUGCAUUUAAUAAUUUUUACUUCCAUUUAUAUAUACAUUACAAGCGAAUUCAAUUACCUAACGCACGAUUUUACUUAAUAUAUCACGAAAUAUUUGAACUGCACUCCUAAAUUUUCAUUUUUAAAUGAAAUUUUAUGAUUAUAUUUAUCCUUUUAUAUCAUGUUAUAAUA